CUCUUCAGAACUUUUCCACUGCAACACAAAUACAAACACCAACCAACCCAGCCAGCACCCACAACAACAUUCAGGAGCAUCAUGGCAGCGGUGGCACUGCUUGUGGUUGUGGUGGGAGCUGUUGUGGGCUUUGCUUCGGCGAAGCUACCUCCAUUUCCGCUCGAAGGAGUCGUAAUCAGCGCCCUGCAUAAUGUCAAGAUGUUCAACAAGCAGGACUUCCACCCAACGGGUUUCACGCGCGACACCUACCUGGAUGUCAUCGCUCCCGUUGUCCUGCACUUCCGGCAAUUCCAAAUCAAGGAUGCCUUUAGUCCGCAGUAUGGCCGAAUCAUCGACCCGUAUGCAGGCGUGGAGAUUCAGUACAGCACGCCAACGUUUGCCUUUGCUGGAGCAACGCUAGUGCGCAACGAGUACUUCAACUCGACGCUGUCAGCGGAGGUGCUGGACGACGUCGCCCUCGCCACCACGGCCGCCCUCACGGCACUUGCCUUCGGUCAGCCCGUCGGUGACCAAGGCUGCGCACAGGGGCACUGCAACUUCUACACCAUGCCGCUGAUGCUGACGCUCAAGACAUUGGAUGGGCUCGUGUCCAAGUCUCAAAUGGACAAGUGGCAUACACUCGCGCGCAGCAUCGAUCCUCAUAAGGCAUACAAGGGCUGGCCCGGCGCCGUCGGCAACUGGGUAUUGCUUUGUUUUGUUGAGUGCCGGGGGGGGGGGAUAUUGUGUGUGUGUCGCUUCGUCUCCGGUACUGACCUAUCCGAUUACUAUCUCUUCACCAUCUACCUUCUAUCCCUCGCUCUCUCGUACCCCUCACUUUAUUCUCUUGUACUACUCCUACUUCGAUCUGCCUUUAGUCCCUUACACAGUACAACUCCCGCGCGUACACACACACACACUACACGACACACACACACACACACGACACACACGACACACACACACACACACACACACACACACACACACACACACACACACACACACACACACACACACACGCACACACACACACACACACGCAUACGCACAUUCACAUACAUACAUACAUACUCACCUACGCACAUUCACAUACGUGCGCGCACAUCCCUCUCCACUGCCUUCCAGUACAACCUGCUGCCAGCAUCCAUGCUGGCGACGGCACACAUGUACGCUGUGGAUGACAUCGACGAACAGCCAUCGUUUGCGGAGGUGGGUGGAUUCGUGUUCCAACCUGAAGGGUUUCACAAAGUCAUCGCAAACGCCAACGGGACAUAUGUGGAGACGGAGCUCUUUGCUGACGCACCGGUUCACGACAGCACGGGCCUUACACGAGUGCACCACCGCGCUGCUGAUCCACUGGUGACGACAACGGCCGGCGCUCCCUUGCAGAUGGAGGCUGCACCGAAGAACAGAUACGCACUCGCACCCGGCAUUGCAUGGACAACGCACACAGAGGAGACUGUGAAUGCGAGCGUCGCCAGCGCUUCGUCAAGUUUUGAUCCGUCACGCUUCAGGGUGACCAACAUUCUGUGGAGCGACAACCCGUAUGAUGACCAGUCGAGCCUGUGGCUGCUGCCGUAUGCGCAGACGGGCGGGUUUGUGCUCGACCUUGGCAGUGCAACACAACGCCUGGAGGCGUUUGUGGUGGCCAACACGCACAACUCGCACUACAACGACUUUGGCACCAAGGCCUUCACCAUCGAUGUCAGCAACAGCACCCACGACGACGACAACAGCACAUGGCAGAAUGUCGUGAAGAGUAACCUUGCAGACGUGAGAGGAAAGACAACGGUCGCGCCACAAACCUUCACACCAGAAUACCCGCUGCGCGCACGUUUCGUUCGCGUUUGGAUUCACUCCUUCUUCGGAAAAGGGGGCGGGCUCAACUCGUUUGCCAUCAAGGGUGUGCGGCCGCACCGCGUGAAUCGCACGGAAGUGCAUUCGCUCGCCAACUUCUCGUUUGUGAACACCCGCAGCACACAGCUGGAGCAGCACACGGUCGCGCCUGACCGCGUGCACUACACCGUGCACUAUGAUGUCGCUGCCGAUCUCGCCUCAUCGCGGUUCCACGUCAACGAGGAGUACACCGUGACCCCCGACAAUGUGACCAUCAUCUCGAGUGUGCGCGAGGAUGUGGCUGGCCUCUCCAUCCGCAUCCCCAUCUUCGCAUUUGAUGGCGAGCGAAACACGACGUUUGGCGUGAAUGGGCAGAACCAGCUCGUGGCGGCACUGAAGGGGGACGCAGUGUCACAACUCGGCACAACUUGCGCCAUCUACUCGCUAGCAGAGCAGGUCAAUUGGACCAUUGACCUCAACACUUCCUUCUAUGCACGAAACGGGUACAUGCUCAUGGCGGAAGCUGUGCCCAUCCAGCCAGACACAUCGGCGCUCACGCUCACCAUCACCCCUGCAAACAACGCUUGCCAAACCACGCUUGCGUGACUGUCCAGCACUUGACCCGUCACACACACACACACACACACACACUCUCUCUCUCUCUCACACACACACACUCUCUCUCUUUCUGUCUAUCUCUCUUGUUACAUUGUGGUUGGUUUGCAACACCGAAAGAGUUUGUACAAACAUCACACGUAUGACACACCAGUCUUGACGCCGAAAGUGUAUUGGAUCGCGAGCAUGCGUAUGUGUAUCUGUGUGCUGGUAGAACGACAAGCGAGUCAGCCUCUGCGAAAGAAGGAGCUCCAACCAGCGAAACAGUACAGCAGGUCGCCACAGCGGC